GGCGAUCGCACCAGCAUCCAUCGCAGGGCACAUCCUCCGACCCGGUUCCAGCACCAGCAUCGACACCUGCACUCUGGGGGAUACUGCGAGCACGCCGUCCAGAGUACCCUGCCCACCACACAAACCACCGAGGCCGACACUGCAUACACAUGCCUCCUAAGAGGAAAGCCAUCGAGCGCGAGGAGAGCCACAGCGUGGCCAAGCGCCCCAUCGUUGCCGCACCGGUCGCAAGCGAUUCGGAUGAGCCCGAGGCUGUGCUCGACGAGGCCGACUAUAUCGAGCAGCCCGAUGAGGACAACGAGGACGAGGAUGAAGACGGAGGCGAUAACAUGGAUGAGGACGAUGAGGAUGUUGAUGGUGAUGGCAUGAACAGUGAGCCCGACGACGAUGACGACGGCGGCGAGAUAUCCCAGGGCAAGAGGCUGCCCAAGUCUGCUCAGGAGAAACGACUCUAUCGGGCCCCUACCAACGAUGAGCUGCAUCAGCUCAAGGAGACUGUCGAUCUGUUCAAAUCCAACCUCUUCAAGAUGCAGGUCCAAGAACUCCUGGCCGAGAUCACGAUCGACAAGAAGAAGCUGGCGCCGAUCGACAAAGCGCUGCAUCGGAUCAAGGAAAUUCUGGAUUCAAUGGCUGAUAUUGAAGAGCUGAAGGUCGCCGAUGCCAUCCAGCACGCCAAGAAACAAGGCGUCGCCAUCCCGUUUCCCUCCACCGAGCCUCCCGCGGAUGCUCAGUACAAGCUGGGUUUCAAGAAGCCGUCCAAGCUGUUCAUCGUCGGCAGCUACUUGCUCAAGUCAUAUGCCAAAAACCCAGAUGGAUGCAACGUCGAUAUUGCUGUGCAAAUGCCGAGCUCAUUGUUCCAGGACAAGGAUCAUCUGAACUAUCGCUACACUUACAAGCGCGCGUUUUACUUGGCCGUGCUUGCGGCCGAGCUUGGCAAGUCCAAGCAUGGCUUCUCGGCGAGCUUCCAGGCCUUCCACGACAACCGAAACCGGCCCGUUCUUGUUCUCAAGUCGUCUGGAGUCGUAUCGGACACUGACUUUUCGAAGAGUGGCUUCCAAAUCCGGAUAUUUCCCAUCAUCCCCGAGAACACCUUUGGCGCCAGCCGUCUGGCCCCUGGCCGAAAUAACGUGCGCCCACCCGGCAACCAGGGCGAUACUAGUCUGCCCCCAACGCCCCGAUACAACGCAUCAUUGCUGAUGGACUCGGUGAUGGUCAACAACCUUAAUCAGCUACACUCACACGCCUCUGCCUGCGCGGCGUUCCGUGAUGCCAGCGUCUUGGCCAAAGUCUGGCUUCAGCAACGAGGCUUCAACGGACACCACGGUACCUUCAACGGGUUCUUGUGGGAGAUGCUCAUGGGAUACCUGCUGCGGACCGAUGACCGUCGCGGCAACCGGACGCUCGGAAACAGCUUCAGUUCAUACCAGCUGCUCAAGGUUACCAUGGGCUUCUUGGCCAACCACGACUUUGAUGCCGAGCCCAUCUUCAUGACCCCGAAUGGCAAGCCCUUGGAAGAUCCCGAGUUCUCUCUCGAGGCUUUCAAGCGGCACUUUGAUGUCGUCAUUGUCGACCCCUCCGGCAAGCUGAACCUCGCCAGUGCAAUCAGCAAGUGCCAGCUCGAGGAUCUCCAAGUCCAGGCCCGUAUCAGCUUUGGUCACUUCAACGAUGUCGCCGUCGAUCGAUUCGAUUCGCUCUUCCUGAGCAAGGUUUCCGAAGUUCGGCUGCAGUUUGACAAUGUGCUCAGGAUCCCGCAUGUGACAACUCCUCCUCCGUCCUACAAGGCCUCAAAUGCCCUGGAUUUCCCAAGCCUGCACUAUUUCAUCCUGUAUCUGCUCCCCAAGCUUCUGAAAAGAGGUCUCACCGAUCGUGUCCAAACCAUAGCCGUGAUCUCGGACCCACUGCCAUUGUGGCCAUGCUCCGAGGCGCCGCCGAGCCACGAGACCCUCAAGACCCCGAUCGUGAUGGGUCUGGUGAUGAACUCGGAGGCAGCCAUUCGGGUCGUCGACCAUGGUCCCUCGGCCGAGGACGAGGCGGCCUCGAAAGAGUUUCGGCAGCUUUGGGGCGCAAAGUCAGAGCUGCGUCGGUUCAAAGACGGCAGCAUCCUUGAAAGUGUUGUCUGGGAAGAAUCUGGCGGAACGCUUGAAGAUCGUUCCCUCAUCGUGUCCAAGAUUGUGGCCCAUCUUGUGGAGCGGCACAUUGGGCUGCAGUCCGGCAAGGCGCUGCGAACCUUCGCUGGUCAACUGUAUCCGUUCGUCAAGUACUCGGGCGCCACCGUCUCGGUUUUCCAGAGAGUGAUCGAGGGCUUCCAAAAGUUCUCGAAGCAGCUGCGCGAGCUCGAGGGCCUUCCGCUGCACAUAGCCAACAUCAGCCCUAUCUCCUCGGGUCUCCGCUACGCCUCAGUCUUUGUGCCCCAGCCCUUCAAGAAGGGAUCGUCCUUCCGAACAUCCAUGUACGAUCCCCUUGAGUGCACAAUCGAGUUUGAAUCGUCCGGUCGAUGGCCCGAGGACCUGCAUGCCAUCCAGCAGAUGAAGUUGGCCUUUGCCAUCAAGAUUGCCGAGAUCUUCAAGGCCCGCAACCCUGCCUCGGACUGCCGCGUCACCCGCGGCAGCUUCCGCAAUCACUUUGACGCCGGCUACCUCGAGAUCAAAACCGACGCCGGAUGGACGUUCCGCUGCCACAUCUACGCCGACAACGAGGUCGAGGUCAUCGAACGUGCCCUCAAGAACACCAGCCUCGGUCCCGAGCAGAUCGACGCGUACACACAGGCCAAGAACGAGCACGAGCUGUGCUAUAUCAAGCGGAAAUACCACACAAGCCGCAUAGCGCAGCUGUCGCUCAGACACCCCUUCCUACCGCUGACGAUGAGGCUGGUGAAGCGAUGGGUCUCGGCUCAUCUCCUCUCGUAUUCGAUCCCAGAGGAGGUCUUGGAGCUGAUUACAGCCUCGGUGUUUGUGGACUCGGGCCGAUGGCCGGAGCCCGGCGGACCGUUCUCGGGCUUCUUCCGGGUCCUCGACCUGCUCCGAACUUUCAACUGGAAGAAAGAGAUCCUCGUCGUCGAGUUGGAGAAGGGCAUGCUCUCGCCAGAGAUCCGUCGGGAAAUCGCCGAGAAGUUCAACAGUCGACUUUCGGACGGCGACGCUGGCCAAACAGCAGGCGCCUUUGUGGCCACCGAGCGAGACACGGAAGGCAUCUGGUGGGGCGUCUGCCCGCAAAUGUACUUUCACCGCCUGCGUGUAUUGGCAACCGCAUCGCUGGAGCAGUAUCGGCUCCUGAUUUCCAACGGCGACGAAGCUGGUGUGCAGAAACUGUUCCUGACACCCAAGACAGGCUACAACGCAAUCAUCCACCUCGACCCACACUAUGUGCCGUCCUACCCACUCAACGUCACCUUUGAUCCCGAAGCCGACCCAUCGAUCAAGAACGCAAAGUUCAAGAAUCUGUCCAUCAGCCGCUCCGAAACCGAUCUCGCUCUGGACACCCUCAAUCCGAUUCCACAAUACCUUGCCGAGUUGCGCGACUCCUUUGGGGACGUCGCUAUGUUCUUUGCCGACCGAUACGGAGGCGAUAAGAUUGCGGUUGCGUGGAAGGGGCUGCCCAAGACCGAGCUGGCCUUCAAGGUCAAUCUUGGUUGGAAUAUCGAGCCGGCGACACUCGGCCAGUCCCCACAGCCUGCGCAAAAGGACAAGAAAAAGUCCAAGACUGUCGCGCCUGACACCGUCAAGGUCAACCUCGAUGCCAUGAUCUCGGAAAUGUAUCGUCUUGGCGACACACUCGUUCAGUCGAUCGAAGUGAUCUCGUAGUGGGGUCGGCGGCUCAAGGUGUCGCCUCGGAAGCAUCGUCUGUGUUGAUUUGCGGCAGUGCUUGGAGGGCACAUCCUCCUCACGCGAAGCCGGGGUGUGGCUUUGAGGCAAUGCAAACUAUAUUGAGUCAGAUGGAACAAUAAUACAGCAGAUAUGUUUCGGUCUU